AUGUCUUCGAUAAAGAAUCGACAGGCCCUUUAUGGUUAUCAGAAGAUAUUUUACAACGGUUGUUUUGUUUUCUCGAAAAUUAUUUUCUUUGCUAUUAAUAUUCUAACGCUUGAUGCGCGUUCGGUAACUCAAGAUCUGACUGAGUCUAUUCUCAAAGAUCCGAGAAAUGACGAUCAUCGGAAAUUAUUGCAUGCGUUCACGGGCUAUCGACAUCGUUUCGAACAAUCACCGAAUUUCAAAGAGCUCCGAUGGAAUUUAAGAAAUUUAAAUAUCGAAGGACUAUGUGAACUGUGCGACUUGGGUGUGCCAGUAAUUCGACUUCUAUUGGAACUGAAUGAAACAGCGCUUAUUAACGAAGCUGUCAGUUUCUUUUGCAAAGAAUACAAAUCGUUAGACGAAGCUGUUUGUCUUGGUGCUGCUCAUGAAUAUAUAAGUGUGGUAUUUCAAGUCGUUCAAUUAGCACCGUUAACAAAUAAACAGAUUUGUGCAUUAGCGUUUGAAUGCCAACCACAGCGAGAUUUUCCUGUAUUUAGCUGGAAUGUCACCUUUCCCGAUAAACCGAAACCAACACCACAACCACCCAAGCCUCCUUCGCCAGAUUCGCCUAAACUCAACAUUCUACAUCUGUCUGACAUUCACGUAGACUUUUUAUAUAAACCAGGAUCUCAGGCUGACUGUGCUCAACCACUCUGCUGUCGACAAGGUCAACCAGCUCCUGGUCAUAUUGGCGCUGGUUUCUGGGGUGAUUACCGUAACUGUGAUAUUCCUUAUUGGACUGCGGAAGCAAUAUUAAAAUAUGCUGCUGCAGUUGAAAAAGCUGACUUUAUCUAUUAUACCGGUGAUUUACCAGCACAUAAUGUUUGGAAUCAAUCUCGCUCUGAUCAGCUCUAUUCACUGAAUACAAUCAACCAAAUGUUGGCAAGUAUAUUUCCAAACAAAACUUUCUAUUCAGCAGUCGGUAAUCAUGAAGCUGCACCAUGCAAUCUAUAUCCAACGCCAAAUAUCAAAACAGACAAUAUUUCUUGGUUGUACGAAGCACUGGCUGAUAGUUGGAUAAAACUUGGCUUACCAGAAGAUACACGGCAAAGUAUUGAAAAUGGUGCUUUCUAUACAACUUUGAUUCGACGUGGACUUCGACUGAUAUCGCUGAAUAUGAACUAUUGUACUUCUGAUAAUUACUGGCUAGUGAUUAAUUCAACUGAUCCUCUCGGUCAAUUGCAAUGGUUAAUCCAAUGGUUACAAUAUGCAGAGGAUCAUGAAGAGAAAGUCCAUUUGAUUGGUCAUCAACCACCUCAUUCAUGUAUGGCAACAUUCAGUUGGAAUUUUAACAAGAUUGUCAAUCGGUAUGAAAAUACCAUUGCUGGUCAAUUCUAUGGUCAUGCCCAUUCUGAAGAAUUCAUGGUCUUCUACGAUGAAGUUGAUAGUCAGCGACCGGUCUCAAUGGCUUAUAUUGGCCCUUCCAUAACAACCUAUUCAUAUCUGAAUCCAGGUUAUCGUGUAUAUACUACUGACGGCGAUUAUCCCGGAAGUUCGUACUGGACUCUUGAUUAUCACACUGUAAUUAUGAAUCUGACUGCGUCAAAUAUGCAAAAUACUACCGUAUUUCUCAGCGAAUACGAUGCUCGCGAUGCCUAUCAAAUGAACACUUUAUUUCCCAACGAUUGGAAUGAUUUCAUUCAACGCUUAGAAAAAGACAUCGAUGGGCCAUUGAUGGGUUCAGUUUAUCAACAUUUGACAAAGUCGUAUCAAAGUGGAACUCAAUGUGAUCAUAAUUGUCGACGAGGAUUGAUCUGCGAUUUCAAAACAGCUCGCUCCGAAGAUCCGCAUGCAUGUGAUUCUGUUCCACCAUUCAUCUAA